GUAGUUGCGACCUGGAGGGUUCAAGAUGGCGGCUGUUUUGGUGCACAAGGACAUUGAGAGGAUAACUUGAGCAUUUUCUCACUGCUGGGGCAUUCUCUUUGGCUGGAAUGGCGGCAGACCCGCCGGUCACAAGCUCGCAUAUUGAGCACCUUUUAGCUGAAGUUGAAUCCAGUGACGGUCUUCUAGGGCCGACUUUGAGGGCUGUAUAUGAUGGUGAAAAUCCUCAAGAGUUUUUGGUCAAGCUCGAAGAAAGAAUCAAAGUCCACGAUAAAGAUAUCGAGCGAAUGUGUAACUACCACUACCAAGGGUUUAUCGAGUCUGUGAAUGAAUUACUCAAAGUUAGGGGCGAAGCACGCAAACUAAAGAUUAAAGUCAAGGAGACAAAUGAGACACUUCAAGAUUCCGGAAGAGAGCUUGUCAGUAGAUGUGAGGAGUUGAUCCAAUGCAGAGUAAAACAAAGAAACAUUGCAUCAGCAAUCGAGACACUUAGUUUGUGCCUACCAGUUCUUGAAAUGCAUGCCAAACUCAAAGAACAGAUGAAAAAUCAAAGGUAUUACCCUGCCCUGAAGACCUUGGAACAACUAGAACAUACAUACCUGCCAAGGAUAAAAAGAUUCAGAUUUGCUGAAAUUAUGAAAAAUAGCAUACCAGUCCUAAGGGAGAACAUCAAAGAUGCAUCAAUGUCAGACCUUAGGGACUUUCUUGAAAAAAUCAGAAAAGUCUCUGAGAAGCUGGGAGCUAUUGCUAUGAAACAGGCUUUUCAUAGAAGCAACCUGACUCUCUCCCAUGCUGUUGGUGCCAAGAAAAAAGCAGAUGAUGAGGAGCUUGACCAGUCAGCAAUGGACAUCGUCGACUUUUCUCCAGUCUACAGGUGUCAUCAUAUCUACACUGUUGUGGGCGAGCGGGAGACAUUUGAGGCUUACUACCGAAAGCAGAGGCGAAAGCAGGCAAGACUGGCCUUACAGCCCAACCAUGGCACCAUGGAUGAGUCUUUAGAAGCAUACCGAGCUUACUUUCACCAGAUUGUUGGGUUUUUUGUUGUGGAGGACACCAUUUGGCACACAACAAAAGGUUUAGUGACAAGAGCCACAGUGGAUGAUCUUUGGGAAAUGGCAUCUUCAAAAAUUGCUGCAGUGCUGCGAACACAAUCUGCCUACUGUAAGGAGGCCUCCCUUCUUCUGCAAGUCAAGGAGCUGAUUGUAUGGUUUUGCCACACUCUUUCAGGUUAUGGUCUAAAUGUAAAUCCCAUCUACGAUGUCCUCUUAGAAAUGAGAAAUCAGUACAAUGAGACAUUGAGCAAGGAUUGGGAGAGUGUUUUCAAAAAGAUUCUUGAAGAAGACAAUUAUACACCCAUCCACUGUGAUGAUAAAGAUGUGUACUAUCGAAUACUUGCAGAUUUUCCACACGCUGAUGAGAAAUUAAGAGAGGGGUUCUCAAGGGUUCUUCCGUUCUCUGAAUGUGCUGUAAAGCUGUACAAGGAGUUCAAGACAUUCAUCAGUGCAUGCCUGCGAUUUAAUGAGCACCUCAAUGUCAGUCAAACAGAGAUAGGGGAUUCAGUGCGGAAAUCAACAAAUCUUCUUCUUACAAGGACCCUUAAUGGAUGCAUAAAUUCGCUGAUCAAAAGAAGAGAGAUUUCAAUACCACAGCUGGCUCAAGUAUCAGUCAAUACAGUACAUCUAGAGUACGCUUGCUUACAUUUGGAGGAGUAUGUUUCUCAAGUCACAGGGACCGCUAAUGAUGGUGUGAAUGUCACGAGGGUAUAUGGAUUAUCCACAUUCAAGGAUAUGAGAGCAGAAGUGGAACAACAGAUGUACGAGAGACUAAACAUGAAGAUAGAAGACUUUUUACAACUGGCUAACUAUAACUGGGUGUCAGACGCGCCACAUAAGCACCCAAGUAGCUACAUGGUGGAUCUACUGGCCUAUCUACGGAGUACAUUUUUAAACUUUGCUGUUUUACCGGGUAACGUGGCGCAGACGGCAUGUCUGUCGUCUUGUAAGCACCUUGCAGGCAGCAUGAGAACACUACUACUGGACGAUGAUGUGAAGCAGAUGAAUGAACAUGGAUUGAAUUGGUUCAAUCAGGAUCUAAGAGAAUGCGAAGAAUUCGCCAACUCCAGUCCAGUAGAAGGCAUAAGCGACGGUACACUUCAGAUGACCUUCCUAGAGCUAAGACAGCUGGUGGAUUUGUUGUUGGGCUGCGAUUGGUCCACGUACUUGAAGGACCAUGGGUCCACCACAAGUAAAUACAACAGAGUCAACCCACAGAUAGCUGCUAGACUUCUGGAAAAGUUGAUGGAGUCGGAAAAGAAGCGCGGAUUCACGAUUCGCAAGUCCGAGCGCGAGAAGAAGAAACUGAUGGAGACAAUCAUCAAGAAGCUGCGAGCACUUGACGGCGAUGUGUCUGGGAACUCCAUACUCCACGCUCGAGAAUAGCACAAAAACAGUAGAUGUAAGCUAUCCACGCUUGAGAAUAGCACAAAAACAGGAGAUGUAACAAAUCUGGACAACGAUGCUAGAUGUACUACUCCAAUUUUACGGUUCUCUACAACAAUAUUAUAGGAAAAAUUCAGAAGAUGUAUGGUACAACUACUGGGCAAAGAUACCAUGUUAUAUCUUGUAAUGGCUUUCUACCAUCCAGGCGCUAAAUGUACAAGAGAGCAUAUAGUUACCCUUUAUCUCUUUCGAUGGCAUAGACAUGCCUGGAAACACAAUGCAUCAUGGUUAGGGUGAACUUGCCCAUUCCAUGCUAAGCUUGAGCACCAGCGUCUUUCCCGGGAAGGGAAUGGGCCCGUCCCAGAUAAUGGGGGCCUGUGGACGUCAUUCCCGGGAAAGGGAAUGGGCCCGUCCCAGAUAAUGGGGGCCCUGUGGAAUUUGAGCGCGAGAGUAAGACUUGAGUUAGACUGACUUGCUGGUCCUUGUUUACCCCUCCCCCCCCCAAAAAAAAAAAAAUCAAAUAAAUAAUUACAAUACGAUAAAAAAUAAAUGAAUGAAAUAAGCAUUUCAACCUCUUUUAUCCGGAAGUUUAGCAUCAAGUUCUAAAGAGAGGCUGACAGCUGCAAACUCCCCCUGUUCAAGCCUCGUUUUCGCGUUCAAAUUACCUGGGAAAGGGCCCUUUGUUUAAUUUUAAUUCUUUUCAAACAAAUGCCCGCUUUUUGCAUGUUUUAGUUAAUAAAUGCCCACUUUAUGCAGGUUUUAAACAAUAAAUGCCCGACUUAUGCAGGUUUUAGUCGGCACGAUUUUAUUUCCAUUUCCGUUCAUGCAUAAUCCUUGAAAUUAUUGAAGAAUAUUGAUGUCAUUUACAAAGAUAGACUUUCUGAUAAUAAAGAUAAAUAGCUGCGGAAA